CUCAAGUCUCGUUAAGAGCUCUCCUCUAUUAUCGCGUGACCUUCUCUGAGGCCCACCGCUAUUUAUAACCGUAAACAUACAUCCAUGAUGAGUUAUUCAGAAAAGCCUGAGGAUAUUACAAAGGAGGAAUGGAUGGAUAAACUGAAUAAUGUGCACAUUCAGAGGGCAGAUAUGAACAGGCUUAUCAUGAACUAUCUAGUAACAGAGGGAUUUAAAGAGGCUGCAGAGAAGUUUCGUAUGGAAUCUGGAAUUGAGCCGAAUGUGGAUCUGGACUCUCUGGAUGAGAGGAUAAAGAUCAGGGAAAUGGUUCUGAAAGGUCAGAUCCAGGAAGCCAUUGCUCUCAUUAACAGCCUCCACCCAGAGCUCCUCGACACCAAACGAUACCUAUACUUUCACCUUCAGCAGCAGCAUCUGAUUGAACUCAUUCGUCUGCGGGAGACUGAGGCAGCGCUGGAGUUUGCGCAGUCACAGCUGGCUGAACAGGGAGAGGAGAGCAGAGAAUGUCUUACUGAGAUGGAGCGAACCCUGGCACUGCUCGCCUUCGACAACCCUGAAGAAUCGCCGUUUGGAGACCUGCUCAAUAUGAUGCAGAGGCAGAAGGUGUGGAGCGAGGUGAACCAGGCUGUUCUAGACUAUGAGAACAGGGAAUCUACUCCAAAAUUAGCAAAGCUGCUGAAGCUUUUACUGUGGGCUCAAAACGAACUGGACCAGAAAAAAGUGAAAUACUCCAGAAUGACAGACCUCAGCAAGGGCACGAUUGAGGACCCCAAGUAGAGACUGUAAUCCAUAUGGACACAUUUGAAUAUGUUUGUCUUAUUUAUGAACAGUCAGUGACUGGAUAGCAAAUAUAAAUCUAUAUAUGUUUUUUCUUGAUGCCUCUAUAAAAAGUAACUUAAUCAACAGUAUAUGAUUUAUUUCAAAACUAUACUGAUUGAAACC